AUGCAGCAAAACUUCUUUUUCGUGGACGGCUUAAAUGCCGACAAAACUUCGAAAAAGCUCAUGCGACGACAUGUAAUGAAGGGCAAAAAUGCAGGCAAAACAUUUCAUCGACCAUCGCGGACGAACCAAGUUAUUCAGUAUCGGCUAAUGGAAAGAAUUCCUAGGCCGCUUGCGACCCAAUUCUUCAGCUUCCCGUUCCCAGUUCCCGUGACGAAAGUUGCUGGGAAAGCGAUAGAUGACUUCUUCAACGUGACAGUCGGACACGUCUAUCCAGUUCAGUUGGGCUUUUCUAUCGAGAAGGACAAGGUCAAAUGGCUUGAGAUUAUGUUUCACGAUAAAGCAGCUUACGACUGCUCCCUGGCGCUCAUCCAAGCGUCAAACGAGAUAUAUCUAGGCAUAGGCUACAACUGCACCAAUUCGCUAAGCUGUAUAUCUCAGACUCUAGAUCAGCUCAAGGUCAGAUUGAAUAGCAAAGAGGCGCUAUCGGAUCAUACAAUAUCGAUAAUCAUGGCUCUGAUCAACCAAGAACAGGCAGCAGAGCAUUACGAAGCUGCUGAGACACAUAUGGCGGGUUUGAAGAAGAUAGCUGACCUUCGUGGUGGGCUGGAGAACCUUGAAGAUGAUGUUAUUGCUGUCAAAAUUUGUCGGACUGAUAUUCUCUUUGCCAUGCAACAGGGUGGACACCCGCUGUUUCAUCGAGACCAUAUACAUCACGUAAAACGCAGUUUGGCAUUCAAGGGAUUCAAUUUACAGCAAGACUCGGCUGCAUACUCCGGGCGACUUGACUCAACCCUCCAAGAAGCAUUCUGCGACGUCAUAGGGUUGUGCAGACUGCUCAACGAACAUCAGGAUGAGAAGCCUCUCGACCUCCUUGAAUUUCAAGAAGUUUUGGUAUCAAUCUGCUAUCGGUUGCUCCAAUUUCGAACAAUUGGUCAAUCCAGGCUCAAGCAGGAUACUCAGUCUACUUACCAUAUCGGGCUAUGCCUCUUUAUGAUGUCGGUUUACUUUAAUAAUACGCAAGAUCGCAUUGCUCGACGGGGACUUAUCAAAACUCUUGUUAAAGAAGCCAUUGUAUCCAAGUUCAGUGAGCAUGAAGAUGACUUCAAGUUCUGGCUUCUCAUCUUGGGGGGGAUUUCAGUUUCACUUCUGGAUGGUCGUGAGUGGUUUGUUGAGAAACUCCGAGAGCAAGCGUCAUUGCUCGGCAUCAUAACUUGGGAACAAGCCAAGGAUUGUUUAGCACGGUUUCCGUGGAUGAAUGCUAUCCAUGAUGAACCAAGUCGGAAGUUAUGGGAUCAAGUCCGCUUGAUAGACGUGUAA